GGUGUGCCUUCCCUUGCACAUCUGGUUAAUUCUGUGUGCUGCUUUGCUUUGUUUUCCCUAAGUCAGCUGAAUAUUGAUAGGGCAAGUCAGGAGCCAGUUGAAUUUCAGAUUUCUUCCUGUGGGCCUUCCAUAGCUCUCCUAAUUCCUUCACACCCUGUGAAGUUUUUGCAGUAGCUAUUCCAAACUUCACUGCAUUUUCUCCUAUAAUCCUUCAUAGCAUUCAUCCUACACUCAGCAGACAACCAUAAUUCCUAUUUUCCUGAGGUGACACAACCUGUGGAGCAAGGCAGUUCUCAUCCUCUCUGUCUCAGGAAGGGGUAUGACUCCUAGCUAAGGCAAACUCCUCUUUGUCCCCUGGUUAUUCUCCUGCCCUCUAAAUGUAGAUCCUGCCAAAUUCUAUCUUAGGGCUUCUUUGAGCAGCUGUCACUUUGCGGGGGCCCAUUCAAACCCCUUUGCAGGUUGUUUAAAGGACUUUGAUGAUUCUUUAUGGAGGAGCAUACACCCUACUUGGUAUGCACUGCCAGGUGCUCGGGAUACAGAGAUGAAGAGUUCCCACUCACCAGAACUGCAGGUGCUGCAUUGUGUUAGAGAGCAUCAUAGCUUUUCCUGCAGUUUUCAGAAGUGUGUGGUCCAGAAUUGAGAGCACCGGGAAAGCCUAUCAUUCAGGUAUACUUUGCUAAUGUAUACAUGUAGUAUUAAAGUAUACUUUAUUUAUUUAGACAAGGGUAGAGAGCCAUGGCAUCAGCCUACCACAGAGCAACCUUAAACUCCUCGGCUCAAGCAAUCCUCCUUCAAGCUUUCAGGUAGCUGGGACUUUGUGUGCCCACCACAACGACCAGCUAAUUUUUGUGUAUGUAGUACUCAAGCUCAGGCUGGGUCUCCAAUUCCUGAGCUCAAUGGAUCCUCCCUCUUCAGCUUCCCAGAAUGCUAGAAUUACAGGCGUGAGCCGCCGCGCCCAGCCUACUUCUUUUUUUGGAAAAGCUUCCUAGUAUUUCUGUGUAUGAAUACGUGUAUUUAUUCAAGUCUAUGGAAGGAUAGUGAGUUUUCUUUAUCUUUUGCCAUUACAAAUAGUACUGCCACGUACGUCCCUGUACGUGUAUCUCUGUCUACAACUGCGAUAUUAGAUCGUAGCAGUGUCAAAGGCGUAGCAUAUUUUGCCAAACCACCCCCAGGUAGCUGAACCCAGUGUAUUUUAAAGCAGAUGUAGAAAACUCCGGCCGGGGCAGUCCCGGCCUCCGAGCAGCAGGCGGCGCUGCGAGCGCCUCUCCGGCGGGCGGCGGGGCCCGCGCUCCUUGACUUCCGGUGGCGGCGGCGGAGCUGACGCAGAGGCCGGUGGCCGGGGCGCAAUGCCGUACGCUAACCAGCCCACCGUGCGGAUCACAGAGCUCACUGACGAGAAUGUCAAGUUCAUCAUUGAGAAUACGGACCUGGCGGUGGCCAAUUCUAUUCGGAGGGUUUUCAUUGCUGAGGUGCCCAUAAUAGCCAUUGACUGGGUUCAAAUUGAUGCCAAUUCCUCAGUCCUUCAUGAUGAGUUCAUCGCUCACAGACUUGGAUUAAUCCCACUCAUCAGUGAUGACAUCGUGGACAAGCUACAGUACUCUCGGGAUUGCACGUGUGAGGAAUUCUGCCCUGAGUGCUCAGUGGAGUUCACCCUUGAUGUGAGAUGCAAUGAAGACCAGACUCGUCACGUCACAUCUCGAGACCUUGUCUCCAACCACCAUCGGGUCAUUCCGGUGACUUCUCGGAGCCGAGAUAAUGACCCCAAUGACUAUGUGGAACAGGAUGACAUCCUCAUUGUCAAGUUGAGAAAGGGCCAGGAGUUGAGACUUCGUGCCUAUGCCAAAAAAGGUUUUGGCAAAGAACAUGCCAAGUGGAACCCUACUGCAGGGGUGGCUUUUGAAUAUGAUCCAGACAAUGCUCUGAGGCACACAGUGUACCCCAAGCCCGAGGAAUGGCCAAAGAGUGAGUACUCCGAGCUGGAUGAGGAUGAGUCACAGGCUCCCUAUGACCCCAACGGCAAGCCAGAAAGGUUUUACUACAACGUGGAGUCCUGUGGCUCUCUGCGCCCUGAAACCAUCGUCCUCUCAGCCCUCUCUGGACUAAAGAAGAAACUGAGUGAUUUACAGACUCAAUUAAGCCAUGAGAUCCAGAGUGAUGUAUUAACCAUAAACUAGCUGCAGGUAGCGCGGGGCUUCAGAUCUCUCUCGGGACUUCUAGUUUCUGAGAUCUAGACUGCUAUUGCACAAGUUUCUUGGUAGGUCAUCAGUACCAGCUAGAAGGGGGUCACAGAUAGAUUACUAGGGAUGCCACUGCUACUCAGGCAGGACAGUUUUUUAUUUGCUGAUUGCCAACAGUGCUCCCCAGAACGCAGCCUGUCCUGUUUCCUAAUGUGCCUGUUGGGGCCAUGCUGCUUCCCUGUUGAGAGCCGCUGCACUGGAUUUCUCUCCUGGUCAUUCCAGCUCUUUACAUUAAACCCUUUCUGCCCAAAAGAAAUUUUCACAGUUGUACCUUAGGUUUCUCAUGUUAGGGCCAAGUAUGAGGACCCUUCUCAGCCUUUCCCCAAGGCCAGCCUGUUGGCACAAUUAGUUACCUAAUUUGAGAGGUAACUGAGAACAGCAUUAGACCCUGGGUAUGCUCCCCCACCCAAUAAACACAGCAUUCGUUCUCUACCCAGCAGUUAUGAACUCCUUCACUGCCAAUUAGUCUUCAUAGCCUGAUCAUUUAGUUGGGUGGGGGCAGGGCACCCUCCCCCGCCAUGUACUGUGUUUCCUUUCUCCAUAUGAAGGUUCUGGCCCUGACCCCUCAGCACUGUCUCCAGCUGGGAACAGACCCAAAGUAGUUAAUUAGGCAGCCUGGAGAAUACCAGAGAUCCAGUAGAGAAAGGAAGGGAUAUUUAUUAACAGUAGUUAUCUUUUUAAAUGUGUUUAUUUUUGGCAAUAAAGAGCACAACAUAAUCUC